CUAUAAAAAAAGUCUCAUCUCUUUCUGUCUCUCUCUCUCUCAUAUAUUUCAGUCGUUCGCUGAAAAUCGAACCUGAACAAAAAAUGGCUGUUGAGCUGUGGGAGACGCUGAAGGAGGCGAUCGCGGUCUACACGGGGCUCUCUCCGGCGACCUUCUUUACGGUUCUUGCUCUGUUCUUAGCCGUGUACUACGUGAUAUCGGGGUUGUUCGGAUCAUCGGAUCAGUAUCAGAGGCCCAGGGAAGUCCAGGAGGAGUCACAGCCUCUGCCGCCUCCGGUGCAGGUCGGGGAGGUUACCGAGGAGGAGCUCAAGCAGUACGAUGGAUCUGACCCCCAAAAGCCUCUGCUCAUGGCUAUCAAGGGCCAGAUCUACGACGUGUCGCAGAGCAGGGUAUUUUAUGGACCAGGUGGACCUUAUGCACUGUUUGCUGGAAAGGAUGCUAGCAGAGCUCUUGCAAAGAUGUCUUUUGAAGAGAAAGACCUGACUGGGGAUGUAUCUGGUCUUGGUCCAUUCGAACUUGAGGCUUUGCAGGACUGGGAAUACAAGUUUAUGAGCAAGUAUGUUAAAGUUGGAACUGUCAGGCAGCCUGGUGAAGCUGCAGAAUCUACAGACCGUGAUGUUGCUAAACCUGCUGAAGAUGGUCCAUCAGAAAGUGCACCUAUUAUAACUGAGGAAGCCCCUGCUGCUGAUCAUGCUCCAAAAGAAGAGUGAUGAUGGUUGGGCAUCUCAAGCGUGAAAACUUUGGAAAUCAUUCCCAAUGGAGAAGCUGAAGAAGAGUAGGAUAGCUCUCUUAUAAGCAACACUUGUUUGAUUGAAGUUUAGUUUGUUAAAUAACGAGUUGGUGAAUGUUAAGUCUCAGGGAUUCAGAGCUGCAACUUCUAUCUGACUAUCUCCUUCCGUGUAUUUUAUUUGAUCGAGGAUUGUGGCAUAGCUCAAUUACAUGUAUGGAGUUGUCUUUUGCUUCUUUAUAUGCAAUUAUAAUUGCGACUUUUGCUCC